AUGCCCGCUCGCCUGCACCUCCUCGCGACUCUCCUCCUCCUCGCCCCGUCCUCCUCGGGAACCCACUACGCCACGCUCGGCGUGCCCUCCGACGCGACCGAGGUGGCGAUCCGGCACGCCUACCGGCGCGCGGCGCUCGCGCACCACCCCGACAAGGCACGCGGCCGGACCCGGCCCGAGCGCGAUGCUGCGGCACGCCGGAUGGAGCGACUGAACGAGGCGUACGCGAUCCUGUCCGACGCGGCGGCACGGCGCCGGUACGACUACGAACGCCUCGCCCUUGCCGCGAGCGGCGGGCACUCGCAUGGCGGCCGGGGCGAGUACCGCCCGCCUGCGCGGCGCGUGGAGGUUCGUCUAUCGGCGACGCUCGAGCAGCUCGCCGGUUUCGCGCCGGUGGACAUCGACCUGGCCGCUGCGGGCGACGACCUGCGCGCGGACCUGUGGCUUCCCGCCUGGCACAACCGUGUCCCUCUCUGA